CGCUCUCUCACGGCCUGCCUCUCUAUGGUCGGUGCGCUGUGUGAGCCGCCGGAGGCUUCUUCCCGGGAGUCUAACCGAGAGAGCGCAGAGCAUCAUGGGGAAGCGCGACAAUCGGGUGGCUUAUAUGAACCCAAUAGCCAUGGCCCGAUCCAGGGGCCCCGUAGCCUCUGGUGGACCUACCAUUCAGGAUUACCUGAGCCGACCAAGACCUACAUGGGAGGAAGUGAAAGAGCAGCUAGAGAAGAAGAAGAAAGGGUCCCGGGCGCUGGCUGAGUUUGAGGAAAAGAUGAAUGAAAGUUGGAGGAAGGAGCUUGAAAAGCACAGGGAGAAGGUCAUAUCUGGCAGUGAUGGAUCUUCAAAGAAGAAAGAGAAAAGACAUUUGAAAAAGAAAAAGAAGAAAAAACAUUCUCGCAGGUCAUCGGACGACGGCUCGGAUUCUGAGAGCAAGGAUUCGGUAAAGAAGAAGAAAUCCAGAGAGGAGCCGGAGAAGGACAGAGACGGAAAGAGUUCAGGCAGGAAGAGGAGAAGACCUGAUGAUGAUGAAGAUCACCGACACUCUUCCUAUGACUCAUCACGGUCAGAGUCUGAGGAGGAGCAUCCCAGACUUUGUAAGUCCCAAAGUCCCAGUGUCGGCUGAUGUCAGAGCUUAGACAGGGUUGAUGUAACAGCCUGGUCCAUGGUGUGUGAUCACAUUGCA